AUGGAGAUUUCCGGUUUCAGUGACGAGCAACUAACGGUGCGCGAUGCCAUCUUCAAGAUCUGCUCCAACUAUCCGGACGAAUACUGGAUGGAACACGACUACAACGAGACAUAUCCCCACGAGCUGCAUGCCGCCUUAGCCAAAGAUGGCUGGAUUGGCAUCGCGCUGCCCGAGAACCUGGGCGGCGGAGGGCUCGGCAUCUCGGAGGCUACGAUGAUGCUGCAGAGUAUUGCGGAGAGUGGUGCCGGCAUGGCUGGUGCUCAAUCGAUCCACGCCAAUGUUUACGCCACCCAGCCCAUUGCCAAAUUCGCAACCGAGGAGCAGAGAGACCGCUUCCUCACCAAGAUCAUCAGCGGCGAAUGGAGGACUUGCUUCGGCGUCACAGAGCCGAACACGGGCCUUGACACGCUGAAGUUGAAGACCACCGCAACGCCAAAUGCCGACGGAUAUAGUGUCACCGGGCAGAAGAUCUGGAUCACGAAUGCGCAAAUCGCAGACAAGAUGGUACUCCUCGCUCGCACCACGCCGAUCGAGGAGGUCAAGAAGCCCAGCGAAGGCCUCAGCAUGUUCUACAUAAACCUCGACAAGUCGCAACCCGGUCUGGAAGUCAAGAAGAUCAGAAAGAUGGGCGGCCGAUCCGUAGACGCGAACCAGGUCUUCUUCGACAACUACCAGAUCCCCAAAGACGCUCUGAUCGGCGAAGAGGGCAAAGGCUUCAAGAUAAUUCUCCACGGAAUGAACGCGGAGCGAUGUCUUCUCGCCGGCGAGGCUCUCGGCCUCGGCUACGCCGCGCUGAAGAAGUCCACCCAGUACGCCAAAGAGCGGAUUGUGUUCGGCCGACCGAUCGGGCAGAACCAGGCAAUCCAACAUCCUCUCGCGUCAGCUUUCAUGCAACUCGAAGCCGCCAAGCUGAUGACCUACCACGCCGCCCGACUGUACGAUCGCAGCUCCCCCAACAGCCCAGACUACGACGACAGCAUCACUUCGCAUCAGGUAGGAGUGGCCGCCAACAGCGCAAAGUACAUCGCGGCCGAAGCUGCAUUCACUGCUUGCGAGCGGAGCGUGAUGAGCAUGGGCGGCAUGGGCUAUGCGGCGGAGUAUCACGUCGAGCGAUACCUCCGAGACUGCUUCGUCCCCCGACUCGCACCCGUGAGCCGCGUAAGUCACCACAAUUUCUUCUCUCUCCAUGGCAUUGGUAUUAUAUCCGCUCACACGUGUUUGCUCAGGAAAUGAUCAUGAAUUUCAUCGGCGAGAAAGCCCUCGGCCUACCACGUAGCUAUUAG